AUGCGAUCAACUGACAGCGAACUUCAACAAGCGACCUUGACGGUCACGCCCACUGGCCUGGAGAAUACAGCCGCACUUUCAGCGUUCCCAGCCGAGCUCGUAGAGCAGAUUGCUGAGCAUACCGCGACUCGAGCUGAUUUGAAGGCAUUGCGACUGAUAUGCCGCAACAUCGCCUCCAAGACCCAGCGUGUCUACGCCAGGAGGCUCUUCGAGCAGCAGGCAUACUUCCUCAAUUGCCUCGAGAGCAUCGAGAUCGGUCUGGCUUUGUCGAAGCAUCACGCCUUCGCACCUUUUGUCAAAGAGAUCUGCUUCUUGGUCGAGGAUGUCCGGUACCUCAAGAGCUCGAUGUCUCCGCGCAGGAAGCAACACAAGUCCACAGCACAAGCGAAUACCAAGCGAGCCCGAUGUCUGCAUGAGCUUCUUUCCAACUUCAAGAAUUGUGGUAAUUUGAAAGCUGUCAAAGUCAUAGACAUGAAGUGCCCAGGUCCACGGCCGGUGAAAAUGCCCGAUGUCGACUGGAGAGCCAAAUACCGUGGUUGGGACUGCUGGGGCAUCAUGAGCCAGUCGCCUGUCAAGACCAUCAGCAGCGCCAUGCCGCGAGGAAUGAAGCUCGACGCAUUCUGCACGGACGCCAGAAAGUGGAACCCGAAUGUAGCAAGCCUUGACUACAUCCCUUUCUUCGAGACUUUGCAGCACUUGGACCUCAGAGUCAGCAACGCUGACUACAGCCCCAAUCUUGCCCACGCCAUAGCUGGCUCACGGAUCCCAGCGGCAGCUAGACGACUCAAGAGCCUCAGGAUCGCGGUCCAUCGCUUCGAAUUCGAACGUUGGUCGCGGCACAGCACACCCGGCCUCAUCGAGCUGCUGAUCGAGGAAACCAUGCCAUGCCUAGAUACUCUGGUGCUGGAGGGAAGCAAUGCCAGGUGCCAGGACAUGUUUGAGUUUGUAAAGCGUCACCGGAUAUUGAAAGAGGUCGUUCUCCACAAUGUGUUCCUUCAUCACAUUGCAGCAUUUCUCGCGCCGGACGACGUGAUCGAGACAUUCAUGGCCAAUGUCUUCCCUGGGUUUGACGCGGAGGAGGGCCACGUUUACGAUCGAGUCCAACGAGACCGGGACCUGGUGCAUCUGACACUUGCUGCGUUUAAUGUCAACUACGAGGGCGGAGUCCGCGUCACUACAGCGCAAGAUGCGGCUUACUCGAGGAUCGCUGACUCCGUUUGGAGAGUAUAG